ACUGAACCACAUGGGUCAUCAUGUAAGAUGGCGGAGGAUGAUCAGGAAAUAGCAGCAGGUCUUCAAAGCUGCUCGUUGUCUCCUGAAAAUUCCGUCAUCUCUCCACUUCUGCCAUGGGAAAACUUUUCCAACUGGGUGCAUUGCAUCUGCAUCGUCGCCUUCGAUUUGGAAUUGGGGCAAGCGAUGGAGAUGACAUAUCCCCAUCAAGCGAAACUGACAGAAAAAGAAAAAAGCAGCAUCUGCUACUUAGCAUUUCCAGACUCCAAUUCUGGCUGCAUGGGGGACACGCAGUUUCAGUUCCGCAUCCGACAAUGUCCCCCUUCCCGGCCUCUGCCACCGGGAUUGGUCGCCUACAACGGCGGUGCACCGGCCCCCUUGCAGGCCGACCCGGCGCAUUUUUACGGCUACGUCUACUUUAGGCAGGUUAAGGACCCUUCUGUACGGAGGGGGUAUUUUCAGAAGUCUGUUGUGGUGCUGACCAGGCUACCUCUGUUGGGUCUAUUUUCCAAGGCCCUUUCUCUUAUAGCACCCGAGUAUUUUAAUUGUGGAGAUCCCAGUAUUGAAGCAGCCUGCCAGAGCAUGGACCAAUGGCCACCUCCCGUACCCGGUCAGACUGUCGUGCUACCGCUCAACGGAGUCUUGCUCAAAGCACGACUUCCUGUCGACAGGGCAACGGGGUCGAGUCCUCCGCAGACAAGUCCUUCCCAGUUUCACCUUAGUGCUAUUGCAGUGCCCUCGGUGCACGAGGUCGAUAUCUUCAGGUGCUUCCUUCCUAUCCUGCCACAUGUGCAGCUCCUCUGGGAACUCGUGAUAGUAACAGAGCCCGUAGUGGUGAUGGCGCAAUCACCCUCCGUCUGCUCCGAGAUGGUACAAGCCCUGGUGAGCAUGAUCUGGCCCCUUCGAUACUGCGCAGACUACCGUCCCUUCUUCACCAUUCACGAUAGCGAGUUCAAGGAAUACACUUCUACCAAUCAAGCACUGCCGUCCGUGAUCCUGGGAGUGACCAACCCGUUCUUCGCCAAGACGUUUCAGCACUGGCCGCACAUCAUACGCAUCGGUGAUGAAUAUCCUCCUAAAAGAAUGAUGUUUUGGCAUUCUCCACAGAGGCACAAGAUCAAGAAAGCGAGCAAUCUUAGGACACUAGACUCGAAACCAGGCCUGUAUACACAGUACAAGCCUCUGCUUCAAAAGGACAAGAUGCUACUCAAAAAGUUACUAAAGGGGAUUCAAACUAAACGUCCCUCUGAAGUUCAGAGUGCAUUGCUCAAACGAUACCUGCUGGAACUGACGCAGAGUUUCAUGAUCCCUCUGGAACGGUACAUGGCGAGCCUCAUGCCUCUACAGAGGAAUAUUUCUCCAUAUAAGGGCACUCCGUCACUGGGACCUUUCAAGCCGGACGACUUCUUGAACACCCUGGAGAAUGCUGGACCGCAACUGACUACAGGAAUUAAGGGAGACUGGGCUGCCCUCUACAGGAAGUUCUUCAGGUGCAGCAAUUUUUCUGGCUGGUACAACAGCAGGUACAAGGAGGCCUGUCAGAAACUGCAAGCGCUGCAUGUCGAAGCCAUCUCGGAUGCUGACCCUCUGUGCUGGAUCCAGGACAAGCAAGAAGUGGAGGUUGUCGACCUCGUGCUAAGACUCAAGGACAAAUUGACAUCGGGCGAAAGAGGGAACCUGCCCCUGACGCCCCACACGAUGGACAAACUCCGGGACCACGUGCGCACUAUUGUAUCCAAGCUCCCGGAGGACUUACAGCAGGUCUUGGCUUCCAGCUAAUGCUGCCUCGCUUGUGUUGACCCGUUUUUUCAUGCUCAUUUCAUGUGUACAUACCUCAUCCGAUGACAUGGAAAGUUGAUUUUAAUGCCGACCAACCACGUCACAAAUGUUGCCAUCCACUUGCCCGUCUGCUUUCCCGUUACUUGCGAAAGCAGCAGUUGCUUACUUAUUUUCGAAAGAUGGGUACCCGUGGGCCUAGGAGCGACGUUCCUUGUCUUGGGACGUUAUCCGUGCCCCAAAUUUUGGGUACUGCAGUGACGCUGGAUCGAGUCCCAAAACGAGGAACACUAGACACGAGUAAGGCCCCUAGCUUUCUGCGGUGGAAAGUUACAAUUCCUGCGAAGUGGGACUUUCAAAACAAGCAAAAAAAAAAAAAGUUGCAGCAUUCUCUCAAGAUCGCUCACCGACUUGUCCCACGUGCUUUUCCAGCAUUUCGCCACUUUUCAGUGCACGAAGAAAGUUCGACUCUACCCCGACAAGUGCCAGCAGUAUUGGUCGCAACAGGCAUUGCACUCGCGACUGAUCGGGUUUAAUCCGCAAAAAUGUCAGAAGAUUGAUCGAAAUCCUUACACAAUUCAGUACUAUAUAUCGAACAUUCUGAAAAAAAAAAAAAAAAAAAGAAACAAUUAUGAAGCAAAAUUCCGCAAAAUUUUGCGGAAAGCUAGGGGGCUCUAGACAUGACCUGCGUUUGAUUCAGAAAGGUAAUCUUGCUUCUGAACAAAACCUUUUUAUGAUCGCUGUUCUAAUUUAAUUGUUUAACGACGACUAAUUCGGGCAAAGAUUUCUUAUUGCGCGUCAAGCCGCGUUCCUUGCGGUGAUGUCCGGACUUCCGCGAAUAAUCGAGCAAUCUCAAGAAACAAUGUACAUACUCACGACAUCUAUGGCUGUACAUAGUAGCAUUUGAAGGAUUCAAUUUUAAUUUCAAGUGAACAGAGCUCACUGGUAAUUUAAUACUACUUUGCGUUCCCACGACUGAGAUUUUUUUGUACGUGUGUCCUCGUGGAUUUUGCUUGGGGGAAAAUAAUCGUGUAACGGCAAAUUCGGGUGGGCAUUUCAUGGCAAUGCGGCCUGGCGCUCGGAAAUUGCUAGGUCGGAGCCUGAGCUGGAUCAUGUGACCGUUGUCACCCGUACAUGAGUGCCAAGACUCUAGCAGUUUUAGUCACUUGGAUCACGCUCGGGGCAUUGCGGUCGCCCCUCUUUGGGUUCCGUCGUCUGCUAAAUCACGUGAAAUUUGACGUGCGGGCCAAUGACGUCGGUCGUUUCGAGACCGGGCGAAAAAAGUGGUAGCUGGCAAAUUCUCGGCGCUUGGAAAGCCCACCACGACGACAUGCGAGACUGUCUCGCUUUCACCAAGCGCACAUGACUGCUCGAGAUCUGGCAAAAGAAAAGUUGCCACGAAAUGACCACCCGAAUUCACCAUAAGCUUCUGAGAUCCUGCCCUAGAAUUUCACAGGCAUUUUGUCCGUGGCUUCCAUUAACGACGUGUCCCCGAGACACUAUUUUUUCAGGCAUGACCAGAGCACAAGAAGCAGUAGACUGCUUCAUUACUCACAACAAUACCCAAGGUGCAACAUUUUUUUACUAGCUUCACAAAAAACCUAGUUGAGAUUAGCGACAGAGCUUUGUUAGACUAAAUGGUGACAAAGUUGGUGCUCAUAAGGCGAAGGACCUCUUUAUAAAGUUGACUUUCCAAGGAAAAAAAAAAAGAAGAGACUCUCGAGGCUGCCAAUAACUCCUUCAGCUGUGUACUGUCAUUUUUUUUUAAAAGAUGAUAAUCAAAAGAGGUGUGUGUAAAGAAAAUGUGUCCUCCACCACAAGUCAGUGUCAGGCUUGAAACACGAUGAAUUAAACGAUUUUAUUGGUUGA